GAAAAAAGAAAGAAAAACGAAUCUCGAUGACAAGAACGAGAGAAUUUGUUACCUAUUGCUGAAGCAAUUCUCUUAGUUCUCAACUCCUUACAUCCGUCCUGGGCCUUUAUUUCGUACUCGUUUUCAUGACGUCACCUUUACACUACCAGAACUCCAUAUAAUAACUUGUAUGUUGCCGAGAAGCAGUCCAGUAAUACGCUUUAGUAGACUUCUUAGCUUCAUUGAAUGAAAAGAUUCCAACUCGAUCCACUUCUUAAAAAAAAGAAAACUUGCCAGCACGAAUAAUAUAUACAUAAACAUCGCCUUCACUCUCUUUGACGAUCAUACAGCUAGUUGCUGUUACCUAAAGUAGCGCAAUAAAUACGAGCCGCAAGUCCUAAUUGGUUGCUGAAGGAGCCUAGAAGCCAUGGCAUCAAAUCCGCUUAACGUAUUCAAAGAACCGCUUAAGCUGUUCUCCCAGCAGCCUAUGACUGGUUUCUUCCGUGACGGCUACUGUCGCACCGGCGGAGGCAUCGAUCCGGGCCAUCAUGCCGUGGCCGGUAUCGUUACUGACGAAUUCCUUGAUUUCUCCGCUUCACGCGGGAACGACUUACGCCAGGUCGGCUUGAAAGGUGGCUGCAGAUGGUGUCUGUGCACUGCCCGCUGGCUUGAGGCCUAUCAGGCAUAUCGUGGCGGUAGGGUUACGAAUCUGGGCGUUCCCCGCGUCGACAUGGACGCCACGGAAGACAGUGCGCUGGGGAUGGUCGACAUGGAUACCUUUAGGCAGUUUGCCGUCCGGCAUGAUCAGUGGAAUGUGAAUGGGAGCGGAAGCGGUGCUACAUAAGCUAACUUCUCCACGCUGUCGGCCCUGUGUAUGUUUACGUUAGCAGGGGAGCAUAAUCAUAACCUUGACUUAAACUCUUAGUAGAUGCGAGGUAACCAGAGGCCACUAGAGUCUAGCUUUGUAAUAUAUUAAAUAAAAUCACUUGACUUCGAAGCGUGAGUAGUGAAGAAAAAAUCCUAUAAAAUACUAAAGUGGAGGGUAAAUAAGCCUCUCCUCAAGGAAGACAGAUAAGAAAGAUUCGCAACUCCUCUUUUUCAUCUCAGUACUUCCCUAACCUUCGUUCCACAACAGACAAAAUGUCACCGGAACUAUUGCCGAGACGUCGUCACACUGCAAAUCGCGGAUAACCGCUCUCCAGGCCAAUUCGGCUAUCCCUCGGGUUUGUCUAGUUUGAUUGAAACUAGAUAAUGUUGAUGACGGCUCUCUAGCUAACGGUGAUUGAAGAAUCAAUUGUGAGCCCGCAAUUUUUGGUGUGGUUCAAUUUAGACGCGAAAUGUCUAAAAGGGGAAGUUAGAUCUGCGCGCGAUACGCUCGAAUCUCAACAAACGGCGUUUAAUCCUAAAUUGGGAGUGUGAGGAAAAGAUCUACC